GUCGUCGCCCAUUUCGCGGCCAAAUGGUGCAAGAACUGCGCGCGCAUCGAACCCGAGCUCGCGGCCAUGGCCGCGAAGACGGACGCGCACGCCUUCGCGCUGAUCGACGUCGACGAGGCCGAGGACCUCGCGGCGAAGUACAACGUGACGUCCGUGCCCCACUUCGUCUUCCUCAAGGGCGGCGCGCCCGCCGACGCCUACGUCGGCGCGAGCGCGGAGGAGCUCCAG